CCAUUGAGGGAAGUCCUUCCCAGACACUUCCGUCUCUUUGAGCAUGUUUUAUUUUCUAAGCAAGAAGCCAUCAUGGGAGACCUUUUGUCCUUAUUUUGGGAGGUGGAGCCUCCUCCCAUACCUUUAAGUUUUAGCAUUCCAAAUCAGGAUUAUGAAUGCCGGAAAGAUGACUCUUGUGGAACGAUAGGGAACUUCCUGCUUUGGUAUUUUGUCGUUAUAUUGGUCCUGAUGUUCUUCUCUCGGGCUGCUCUCUGGAUGUCUGAAAGUAAAAAGGAUGAAGACAAUAGGACAAGCACUUCAGUAAGUAAAGCAAGCAAAGAAACUUCCUAUAAGCGACAGAGCAAAGAUGUUGCUUGGGACUCUUCACAAACAAUGAAGAAACCAAAGCAGAACCAACUUACCCCUGUAACUGACUCAGAAGUGGCUUUGGUCAAUGCCUAUCUUGAGCAAAGACGAGCCAAGCGCUAUUCUCAAUUAGACCAGAUGAAUCAGCUCCAACAUGACAGUGAUACUACUGAAUGUGACAGUGAAGAAUCUAUCUCAGGAGACUCCUCGUGGAAGGAGAGUGAAAGCGAACAUCACCCAUCACCAGCCAGUAUCAAAAGGAGAAAGAUAGCUCAGAGACAAAGGAUUCUGGGAAGUUACCAAAUCAGGGAAAGGCCCUGCCUGCACUGCAAAGCCAUGAGAACCAAUGAAUGGUUGACACGUCAUUUCCUACAAAACACUUCAGUAAUAACUUCAAUAAAGGGAGAUGCUAAAGAGGAAAAUGCUAUACCUGACAUUAACACAAAAUUCAGUAAAUUUUGAAUUUUGUAAAAAUUCAAAAUUCCUUCCUUGAAACCAAGUGAAAGAGGUGAAUAAGACACAAAAAUUACCAGAGCUGCAGGUGAGGAGACUUUUACAAUAAGUCUACUUACUAACAACAAAAACAUACUUGGAGCCCAAGAAGUAAAACUUCAGUCAAUUCUUUGUUCAAGAAAAGGUCAGCAAAUUUGUUUAUGGUACCAUCAGAAUAUCAAAGAUCUGUAUCCACUAUGAUUAUUUUUUAAUUGAAAAGAACACAAGACGUAUUUUAUUGCCUUGAGUGUAUGUAUUUUGUUUAUGUCUGUAAUACAAAUAAGGAAGCUCUUUGAAAAUACACUAUUUAUGUUGAGAGAAACCAUUUGAAUGUAUUUAUAUGUUUUAAUGAUCUGACUGAAUGAACUAGGUGAAGUUGGUUGGAAUAGAAUUGGCCCAUCUUCUCUACCAUGACAUUUGCAGGUGAAUCUACCAGAGCUAUAUUACUAUACUUAUCAGCAAGAGCCUGGUAAGAAGAGGAGCUCAAAGGCCUGGAAUAAGACCUGAUUCUUUGAAUAGGACAAGGAGGGGGAGCAGAAUGACCUGGAAGGGCAGUUGAGUGACAGGCUGUCCUCAGUUAUUGUCCAAAGGGCAUUUCAGGUGUUAAAGAAAAAAAAUUAUCCUGACACUUCUUAAAAUGGUAAGAAAGACUUUAUUGAAGACUGUUGCAAAAAGGUCAACUCUAUUUGGUCAAUGUACAAUAGAGGCCAAAGUUCUCUCUUACAGUACCUUUAACAUUUUGAUUUAUGUAUUUGUUUGCAAAUCCCUGUCUCUUACGUAUUUAUAUAUUUAUCCUCC